CUGCCAUGAAAGGAAGCAGGCUUGCGGUGAAAGAAAGUUGUCUGCCGAUGACGAUGCCAAUGCCAGAGACUUUCGCACAGUACAGUAAUCCAUUGCGGUCAACUAGGGCCUACGGUCAACUCUGCAGGGUGCCAGGCCGGCGGCGGCACGCGUGCGUCGACGGCUGGGGGCAGGACCGCGCCCGCACGAGGGGAGACGACGGCCAGCGGCGCUAUGCGCAGUGCCGCGGUGGCUGGGGAGAUAUUUGGAGAUGGGGAGGCUACAUUACAUGCGGGUCACCGCGGGAGACGGGGAUGGUGAAUGGUGCACCGUCCCCGCCCCCGCCAUCCCCGAUGGUGAUGAGUUUUGGACCAUUAGAUUCACCAUGGGUGAAGCAACCAGACACCACGGUGUAUCCAGGCCAGAUCUGCGCGGCCGCCGGCGGCGGCGGUGGCAUGGCUGACCAGACCGCUGCUGCCGUUGUCGUCGGAGGAGGAGCGGCGGCGACGAUGGGGGAGCCAUCUCCACCUCCGCCGGCGCCGGCAGCGGAGGCGGCGGGGGUGGGGGUGGGGCAGCAGCAGAGGACGGUGCCGACGCCGUUCCUGACCAAGACGUACCAGCUGGUGGAUGACCCGGCGGUCGACGACGUCAUCUCCUGGAACGACGACGGCUCCACCUUCGUCGUGUGGCGCCCCGCCGAGUUCGCCCGCGACCUCCUCCCCAAGUACUUCAAGCACAACAACUUCUCCAGCUUCGUCCGCCAGCUCAACACCUACGGAUUUAGGAAGAUUGUCCCGGACAGGUGGGAGUUCGCCAACGACUGCUUCCGCCGAGGGGAACGGCGGCUGCUCUGCGAGAUACACCGCCGGAAGGUGACGCCGCCGGCGCCAGCGGCGACGACGGCGGCGGUCGCGGCCGCGAUCCCGAUGGCGCUGCCGGUGACGACGACGCGGGAUGGCUCCCCGGUGCUGUCCGGCGAGGAGCAGGUCAUAUCCUCCAGCUCGUCCCCCGAGCCCCCGCUCGUGCUGCCGCAGGCGCCGUCCGGCUCCGGCUCCGGCGGCGUCGCGUCCGGCGACGUGGGGGACGAGAACGAGCGGCUGCGGCGGGAGAACGCGCAGCUCGCGCGGGAGCUCAGCCAGAUGAGGAAGCUCUGCAACAACAUCCUCCUCCUCAUGUCCAAGUACGCCUCCACCCAGCAGCUCGACGCCGCCAACGCCUCCUCCGCCGCCGGGAACAACAACAACAACAACUGCUCCGGCGAAUCCGCCGAGGCGGCCACGCCGCUCCCGCUCCCCGCCGUCCUCGACCUCAUGCCUUCCUGCCCCGGCGCCGCCUCCGCCGCCGCGCCCGUAUCAGACAACGAGGAGGGAAUGAUGAGCGCGAAGCUCUUCGGCGUCUCCAUCGGCCGGAAGCGAAUGCGGCACGACGGCGGCGGCGACGACGACCACGCGGCGACGGUGAAGGCGGAGCCGAUGGACGGGCGGCCGCACGGCAAGGACGAACAAUCGGCGGAGACGCAGGCCUGGCCCAUUUACCGGCCCAGGCCCGUUUACCAGCCCAUCCGGGCCUGCAACGGAUACGAGUACGACCGAGCCGGCAGUGACCAAGACGAGUGUGGAGCCAAGCCGAGCAACCAGGACAAGAAAGAUCUUCUUCGACGGUGGGUUGUUCUGAUUUCUGAAUCUCUGCAACUGCACGGCCGUCAAGUUGUGGGGGCUGUGCAAGAAUGGCGGCGCGACCGUCGUGGCCAUCGACGGCCUCCUGCAGGUCACGUUCAGUUGCGUACUUGCGUCAACAACCUCCUGGUCACCGGCGCCGGCACCCUCGACGCUGGACGAGAGUACGAGACCAACUCCCUACCCAGGCCACGACGGUGAGAUCUUAGGGUUUGUUUAGUUACUGAAGUUUGAAG